UUGCAUUCUUUAACUGCACAGAUUCCUGAGCUGUCCAACUCCUACGUGUGCAUGAAGGACCCUCAGAAGGUACAGGAGACCCUGCAAGCUAUGGUGAAAGCUGGCUCCAACACUCUGCAGGUGAUCUCAGACUUUGACAUGACCCUAACAAGAUUUGCAUACAAUGGAAAAAGAUGCCCCACCUGCCACAAUAUUCUCGAGAACAGCAAAGUCAUCUCAGACGACUGCAAGAUAAAGCUGGAUGAGCUUCUCAAGACAUACUACCCCAUAGAGAUUGAUGCUUCAAGGUCUAUAGAGGAGAAGCUGCCUUUGAUGGUGGAGUGGUGGACCAAAGCCCAUGAACUCCUGGUAGCACAGAGGAUCAGGAAAGACCUCUUGGCCACAGCGGUGCAUGAAUCUGAGGCCAAGCUUAGGCAAGGACACCUAAAACUAUUUUUGGACGGUUUCAAGCUCUUUUUCGACCACCUGCACAAGCACUGCAUCCCUCUGCUCAUCUUCUCUGCCGGAAUAGGUGACAUUCUGGAAGAGGUGAUUCGGCAGGCCGGGGUCUUCCACUCCAACGUCAACGUCUUCUCCAAUUACAUGGACUUUGAUGAAUCUGGAAUGUUGAAGGCCUUCAAGGGAGAGUUGAUCCAUAUCUACAAUAAGAGGGAAGGCGCACUUCUCAACACAGGCCACUUCCAGGAGCUGCGGACUCGGCCCAACGUGCUGCUGAUGGGAGACUCCCUGGGAGACCUGGCCAUGGCCGAUGGAGUGCAUGACAUGGAGAACAUCCUCCGGAUUGGGUACCUCAAUGACAAGGUGGAGGAGAGGAAACAGUCGUAUUUGGACUCGUAUGACAUUGUGUUGAUAGAAAAUGAAACCUUAGACGUCCCUAAUGCUGUUGUCCACUAUCUCACUGGAAGUAAGUAA